CAGGAAAAUCACGCAACACAAGGGAGUGAGCAGCAGUAGCUUGUGUAUUUCAUCACUUCCUUUCAAGUACACGAGUUUUUAGAGAGCUAUCAGAUGCAAUGGUAAAAAGCAUACUCGUCAGUAUAUUGUAGACCUCUUAAUACAUUUGACGGAUCCGUGUCGAGUGGAGUAUCUUCGCACUCUUUCACAGCGUGACGGAGUGUGUUGUUACGACCUAACUUCCAGAGGCAGCUUCAGAGUGAAGCGUGUUCUGUACUGUUCUCGACGGGUUUUUGAAUUGCCGUGAAACGCUGUGAUUCGAAUUGGUCCUGUGUUUAGUGUCUAGCGCGCGUGUCGUAGUGCGGUGCCCCCAAAGUGGUCCAUUAUCAUUCAUCAAUCGGUUAUUUAUUGUUAUUAUUGCCACUAGAUUGCAAUUGCCAAGUCAAAGUGCGAUCCGGUCGUCACAAGCGCGGGGGACUACCUCGAGUGGAAGACUUAAGUUCAAGUGCUGAAUUAUCGUAACUCUAUGGAAUAAGUGUGCAGUGCCUGAUGUAUUUGUCCAUUGAUCGUCACGAAAGCAUUCUUGAUUGAUACUUUUGCAAAGAGUAAGAGCACUCAUGGUCAGUGCUUGCUUAUUUUAUACUUCCUGAAAUACACUCUCUGUCGGUGUCUGGUCGGUUGGCCUAGUUUCAAGGAUUACCAAGUCAAGGUCGAUCCUUCAGUGAAGUGUCAGUGACUCCAUGUAAAAGCUAAAACAAAUGACUUCCGAAAACGAAUGAAGCUCUGUGACAUGCCGGGCCAGUGAUUAAUCAGUAUCAUCCGAAACAUAGUGUAUUUAUUAUCGUUCAAUAAUUACUAAAGCUCGUUGGUGAUUGCCAGCGUACUCCAAUUUUCAAAAUUUACGCUCGGUACAUGUCCACCACACUAUCCAGUGUAUCUGGAGUGUAUCCAGAAGAUUCAGAACAAGAGCAUGGACUGUUACCCGAUUUAAAUGGUGUUGACCUGGUUAUGAGCUUAUCACCGAAAGGGAACCACCAUCAUCAUCAUUUAACCAGCUUACAGCACCUACAGAACCUUCAACAUAAUUCACUACACAGCCAUUCGACGCCAUUCAGCGUCACCGACAUUUUAAGUCCUAUCGAAGAAUAUCGCAAACUGGAACUAAGUGCUAACCCACCAUCUCCUUAUAGCGGCGGAAGCAGCGUCAACUCUCCAAGUGCCCUCGGUUCCAAUUCAGCAUCAGCAGCAGCAGCAGCAGCCAGCAGUAUGGCCAACCCGUACGCGAUGGGACCGCUAUAUCACAGUCCAGGUGUGCAAAGCUAUUGCGGUCCAACGGACAACCUUGGAUUAGCCGGACACUAUACCGACAUGCGAAAUUCGGCCGCCGGCUGGUACGGUUCCACUGCCAGUGAUCCACGAUUCGCAAUUUCUCGACUGAUGGGAGGAUCUGCGGGUGGUUCUAUGGGCCAUGCUAUGUCGAAUAUGGGUAGUUUAGCGGCGUGUAGUGUUACGGAUACCAAACCCAUGCAGUUUCCUCUAGCACAGCGGCGGAAACGACGGGUGCUCUUCACACAGGCCCAGGUGUACGAGCUAGAGCGAAGAUUCAAACAACAAAAGUACCUGUCUGCACCCGAACGGGAACACUUAGCCAGUUUAAUACAUCUUACGCCCACGCAGGUUAAAAUAUGGUUUCAGAAUCAUCGAUAUAAAUGUAAACGGCAGGCGAAAGAAAAAGCCAUGGCAGAACAGAACCAGCAUAAUCAGUCAGCCAGCUCACCACGACGUGUGGCCGUACCAGUACUAGUUAAAGAUGGCAAGCCGUGUUCCGGCGGCUCUAAUUCCAGCUCUUCUGCUCAACAACAACAACAGCAACAGCAACAUCAGGCUCAACAGCAGCAGCAAGUAAGCGGCAGCAAUAGUUCUCUAACAACUGGUGGCAGUGGUGGUGGGGGUGGUGGUGGUGUUGGUGGUAGUGGAGGGGGUGGUUCUAGUGUAAUUCUCACCAGUGACUCCAAUAACACCCACUCGCCCGACACGCCCUCCGCGACGCUACUUUCGCCGUACAACAGUAGCCAUAAUGUGACCGGUCAAAUGCUGCAGCAGCCGUGCAAUAAUAGUCUGAUGUCCAACAGCUUGGCUAUGGCCUACCGGAACCAGAACAACUUCAUGGCCAACAGUCAUCAGCAGCAGUGCGGAAGCUAUCUACCAUUACAAACCCGAGCCUGGUAAUAUUAGUUGAUUUGUUAGGUUUUUCUCAAUUAAAACUAGGGUGUUCACUUUUUGUUCCCAUGCGGAUCAUGUAAAACAAAUACUGUUAGCUCUCAAGAUAGUUCUUUUUACUUAAUUUUAUAAAUUAAUAUAUUUUAGAUACACUGUAGAAAUAUUUUUCUCAUUUAAUAUCAAUGAGGCACUUACUGAAACUGUACAUAUAACUUAGAUAAUAAGAUUACUUCGGAUGUUUGGAAUUACUUGCAAUACCCGUCGUAGGCUAAACCUAGGAUAGAUUGCAAGCAAACGGACAUUAAGGAGAAAUCUCUGGAUUUGAGAGCUAAGUACAAUUGUUACUAUAGUCUUCUUAAAGUGUAAACCAUCUAGAACACCAACCGGCCAUCAAAACAAGCAUAAAUACAAACGACACAUACAUCGACUGGAUCGCAAUAGGAAAUUAUAAUGGAGGAACAUUAAAUCAAAGGUCUGCUAAACACAUAUGAAUAAAAUCUAAUCUGCUCAAAAAUGCAACCCGGGUGAAUUAACGGGGUAAUUAUUUGGCAGGGAUACUCUAUAUGGCACAUUGCUUACGCUAAUAAUUUUUAUUGUAAAAGUCUUAAAGAUUUCAUAGGCACUGAUGCAUACAGGGAAUUGCUGUAAAUUAGUCAAAUAAUCUUUAACAAAAUUCAUUGGAAAGUCAGAAGAACAUACUUCUCCGGAAAACCCUUCUUGUUAUCAUUACUUUAUGAUAUAUUUUUUGCAUAACUUUACACCAAUCAGUUUGAUUUCGUAUUAGGUAUAUUGUGUCAAUGAACCAGUCAAUCAGCUUACCAUGACUCUACGUAUUUAAUAAGAACAAUUCCCGGUACCUAGAGCAACGGAGGUAUUUUAGUUUACUUCAGGUAGUGGUUGUGCAACGGUUAGGUUCUAUUGAGGUUUGAACUCAUACCCAAUCGCAUGCCAAAGCGGACUCCGUAUCCAUGAGGUUACGAGCUCCCCUAACUGCAGAUAGUGGUUUUAUUUAUUAAAAACAAAAACUAGGAAUAUCAAAAUUUCUGUGAAGUACUAAAGAUUAUUUUGGACUACCAAUAUUUUGGCCGGUCAUCGAAACCUAUUUUGUUCUACCGCCUAUAUUUCGAACCGUUUGUGGACAUAUUUUGGACUAGAUUUCAGUCAUAUAUUGGAUUAUCAUUGAUCUUUUUAGAAUAGGAAAAGUGGAUUUGAAAAAGACACCCAUAAUCCACAUGGACACCUAAAAGCAGUAGGUGGUCCCUUGCAGCAUACAUUUCAGUCCCAAGUGGAGCAUGAACGAAAAUCGAGGAAUUAGUUUCCAGAGUAAACGCCUGCGACUUCAGAAUAGCCGUGGAGUUUUCGCAAUUUAAGACAUAUAGAGACAAAUAGACAUAUAGAGAUCGAAUUUAGAGCGUUUUCGUAGACAAUUACCUGUAAAUCACUGCAAACUGCUGCUCUGAAUGGUAAAUAUAGAACUGCCAAAGCUUGGUUUGGUGAUAUCUCUGGAUAAAGAUGAACAUAUUUUGACCAUGCCUUAACUCUUUUCCGGCGGGUGAUGCCAUAUGGCAUCAACUGGCAUAUAAAUGCAUAUAAACAAAAUGAUCCUUAAUAUGCAAUACAGUUUGUGUCAAUUGUGCAUAUAUAGUUGAUAAGUAAUAAGAGUUUGAAAUUCAUCAUUUUGGGUAAAAAUAGAUUCUGUUCCCCGGGAUAGGGUAUAAUUACUAUUUUAGCAAUAUUUUGUACCUGUAAGAAACUACAAACUGUUUCUUUAGGAUCUCAUUGAUAUUAUUACAACAUUGCAUUGUUUGAAAAGCAUGCAUAUUUGUUACAAGUUGACUUAAAUCGACUCAGUCAUGAUUACGAACAAGCGUGAACUGAUUUGAAAAAUUAAUGCUAACUAAGGUCAGUAUGCGGGGGCCUAGUGUGGUUGGUAACGUCUCCGCCAACCACGCUCGACGCCUGGGUUCGAAUCCCACCGCCGACAUAGGUGUCGAUGGUUGUGAGGUGGCGUGAUCCACUCACAACCAACCCAACUGGUCUAGAUUCAAUCCUAGCCGACACCGGGAGAUUUUCUGAGGCGAAAAAUCUCUGGGAUCACGCCUUCCAUCGCAUGAGGAAGUGAAGCCGUUGGCGCCGGUCCGUUAAUAAACGGGUCGUGAGUUAGGGUCCUGGGUAUGGAGUCGCCUCCCUGGGCGUCGGUGAUUGGCCACAACAGUGGCGGAACUAGACCGACGGAAAAUAAGCGAGCAAAAAAAAAAUAAGGUCAGUAUUUUGCCGAAAACAACAGUGCACUAUUUUUUUUUUCAGAUGUGUUAUUUAAAUGGUGCCUACCUAGUUUUCUAAUAUGCAUUGAAUUCGUCAGAGAAAAAGUGAAAAAUGUUCGCAGGUGGACCAAAAUACCUCCGUUUCCUUAGUACUCGGAAAUACGAUCCGAAAAUUCAUUCAAAUCUAACGUAAAUGUGAAAUAGAUGCUUUCUACAAGUUUGCCAAACUUUCGAAUUAUUGUGCAACAAAUAUAUGAGCCGUUGAGAGCAAAAGUGGUACAUGUGCCAUUAAGUAAAUUUUUCAGGGGACGCGAUAAACGGAAAUACUCAAAUAGUAAAUUAUUUUCAACAAUUUUUCCCAACAACUGCACCAAAUCAUUGCUGGAAAGGUUUCAAAAGGCGGCACAUGAAAGCAUAACGAGUUCUGGUUGAGAAACUUGCACAAACUUCAAUGGAAAAACAUGUACCACUUUUGUUCUAUGGAAAAAACAAUGACAACCAGAAAACUUUGAGAGCAAAAGUGGUACAUGUCCAGUGAGCAUGAAGGAUGCAUUAUAGCUCGCUAAUCUUAAAACAUAGAACAUUCAUGUCUUCAGCAGAGUUGUUCAAGUGAUUGAGUACUAUAGAAUGAUGAUCUGUUUGUUAAGGAAUUCUGUCACUUUGUGGCGCUAGUGUAUAUGUAACAGAAGACAUUUUAAAUAAUCUAGAUCGACUGGGGCCAAUUCAAAGGAAAAUACCCUGGUAUCUUUAGAAUUGCUAUUUGGUCGAUAAUAACUACACGAUGGACCCAGAUUCAACUUUCGGUAGACUACCGGUUGCCCUCCGGAUCCAGAAAUACCGUAGAAGAGGAAAACUGAAAAUUAUUUUGGCUAUAACUCUGGUUAUCAGAUCUCCGCUUUUCUUUGAUAUUAUGGUAUAUUUUUGCAUGUGAUAGUUUCGAAAAAAAAAAAACACGGAAAAUACUAGAACCUGUUCAUUAAAGCAGACACUGUAUGUAGUUAUAGAAGCGACAAAUGAGUGAACUGAAAAUAUGAAACAGCCUUGGAAAAAUAUACACCGUAUCCAGAUGGGACUAGAACCUGUUUUUCAAAAUAAUCUCGUUUACGGUAACUCCAGAUCUUUCGGAGGGCUAUCUGAUGGUAAAUUUGAGUGACAUUCUGUCAUGAGAUCAUUUAUUUUCAUCUGGGAGUGGUUUAGAAAAAAGUGGGACUGUUCUUAAAAAUUAAUCUCUUUUAUGGUAGUACCGGUGGUUCACGUGGUGGCCAUCUUGAAGCAUAUUUUGUUAAAAGAUCAUUUUCCUUCUAGAAUUGGUCUCGAAAAAAAAAACAGGAAGCUUUAGGAACACAUUUCGUUUCUAGUCAAUCCCGCAGAAGCAGUUUCGAAAAAAUAAGGAAGCUCUAGAAUCGCUUUAGGAAAUUGACCUCAAUUACGAUAUUUCUUGAUCUUCCGGAAGGCUAUCGGUGGCCUGCCUAAAGCCAAACCUGGGUCCAGUGUGUAAAUAUAUAUCUAUAUCAAAGACCUCAGAGAGUUAUCUUUUAAAUUGGCCACAGCAUACGAGUUGAUACUGAAAUAGAUGAAACUCUUUCUGUUACAAAAUAGUCACGGGUACACUAGCGCCACGUAGUGAGAAAAUUCCAAAACAGACAGAUCUUCAUCUGAAAGUACUCAAUCACUUGACCAACUUUGCUAAAGACAUGAUUGUUCUAUAUCCUAAGAUCUCGACUUACAAUUCAUCUAAUAUGCACAGACUGGACAUGUACCACUUUUGCCCUAACCGAAAUGGUGAUUAUGUUAAUUACCAAAAGUUGUUCUGGCUAUAACUUUGGUUUAGGUUAUCAGAUCUCGGUUUUUCUUGGAUAUUCUAGUACGUUAUUGCGUUCUGCAUCAAUUUAUGCAAAAAACCCAAAAAGUGUAAAAAUGGCUCAUGUACCACUUUUGCUCUCAACGGCUCAUAUGGGUUCAAGCUGUCAUCGCUAUGAAAAUUGUGCGAAAAUGUAUUGAUUUUGAUUUAUAUCGUAUGUUUGCAUUUUUAUACUGCAUGAACAUUACGGCCAAGCUUCUAUGCUUUUUUUACCCGUUUUAUCAAUCUAAACACAUUGUGAAACAUCUCUUUUCUUUAACAUCCAAACGUACUCACUCGAUAAUAAAUUAAUGAUAAUUUUCCUAAAUUCAUAAAAGUGUAGAAAAUGUGCUUAAAGUAACUGAAGAAAUCAUCAAAUGUAGUUCCCUACAAGCAACAGGUGCAAAAUGAAUGCUAAUCGAAGUACUGUGUAAAUAACAGCUAUCUUUAAAAGAAUGGUACACUAAAUCCAAAAAAUCAAAAAAAUCUUCAUUUACAGAUCCUAGGAUUGAAAACAGACUUGACUUGAUUCGUGCAUUAAUCGCGUGGUCUAGCAAUUGAAGAACACCUGUUACAAAACAAAUCAUAUGUACAUAAACAAUUGGAAAAUUCAAGACAGUUGGUAGAGAAUCAUGUAGCGUCAAACCCUUCUCAGCCAGACACGUAAACGUUGCCAAUAAUACAAAAAUAACUGACAGUAUGAAAAUAAGCAGAACACGAGUGUAAUUUCCCGUUCAACAUAGAAUGAAAGCUUUUUAACGAAAAUAUUGCAGUUUUAUUAAAAGACUCGAGCGUGGUAAAAUAAUUAAAGGGACAAUUUAAAUUAAUAAAGACAAAGUUAUUUAAAUUGAUUCGUAUCGAUAAGAGAUAAGCUAUAGAAGACAAACACACGGUAAAGAAUAAAUGCAAGCUCCAAACAAUGCAUAAAGUUUACUGAUAAGUUUGUAUUGAAUUUGAAAAGUAUAGAAUGUGGUAACUAAAAACGAAAAAAAAAUGGAAAUAAACAGUAAAAUCAUAAACGAGUACAUAA